GUGUGGCUGAUUUUGUUUUUCUUAUAAAUAGGAUUGAAGCUGGUUUGUGAACUUCAUCCAAGAGUUUUGAGGGUUUAUGAGUUUUUUUUAGGGAGAGAAUAUAUUUUCAUUAGAGGCUUUUGCUUUCUACUAUCUUAGUUAAGGUUUUGGGUUGUGAAUUUGGUUGUUAACUCUCAAAAUUUCAAGGUCAUUAGCAAUGGAAGAAGAUAACAGUGAAAGACAACGUGACAAUGUUGGAUCUUCCUCUUUCUUUAAGACAUGUUUCAACGCACUCAAUGCUCUUUCUGGAGUUGGAAUUUUAUCGGUACCAUAUUCAUUGGCUCGUGGAGGAUGGUUGAGUCUUUCACUUUUGUUACUCCUAGCCGCAACAGCCUUCUACACAUCCUUGCUCAUUACUAAAUGUAUGAAUGCGGAUCGCAACAUCAAAACAUAUCCGGACAUUGGAGAGCGCGCAUUUGGUCGACCAGGGAGGAUCAUUGUCUCACUAUUUAUGCACCUAGAACUCUAUCUAGUCACCACAGGUUUCUUGAUCCUAGAGGGAGACAAUCUUCACAAUCUUUUCCCGGGUUUCAACAUCGAAAUGAUCGGGUUGAGAUUGAAUGGCAAACAAGCGUUUAUGGCGACCGUGGCACUCGUCAUCAUGCCAACUCUAUGGUGGGAUAAUCUAAGCGUCUUGUCUUAUGUUUCCAUGAGUGGCGUUUUAGCUACGACUGUGACUCUUGGAUCAAUAUCUUGGGUUGGAGCAUUUGAUGGGAUUGGCUUUCAUCAAAAGGGAAAGCUUAUCAAUUGGAGUGGUAUCCCUACAGCUUUGAGCUUAUAUGCUUUUUGCUAUGGUGCGCAUCCAGUUUUGCCCACUUUGUAUUCUUCUAUGAAAAGCAAACAUCAGUUCAACAAUGUCUUACUUGUGUGUUUUACAUUAUGCACCAUAGGGUACACAUCAAUGGCAGUUUUGGGAUACUUAAUGUAUGGAUCAAACACAUUAUCACAAAUAACAUUGAAUCUUCCAACUCAUAAGACGAGUUCAAAGGUGGCUAUAUACACAACACUCGUCAACCCUGUAGCCAAGUAUGCACUGAUGAUCACACCAACAGUGAACACCAUAAAAGAUUGGUUCCCUUCGAGUUACGCCAAGAAGACAUACUUGCAUCUUUUGAUAAGCACAUUUUUCAUCAUAAGCAGCGUCGUCAUCGCCGAGACACUUCCCUUUUUCGGGUAUAUGAUGUCGUUGGUCGGAGCAUUGCUUAGCGUUACGGUCUCUAUACUUCUGCCUUGUUUGUGUUACUUGAAGAUCUCUGGGAAUUACAAGAAGAUUGGGUGUGAGACUAUAAUGUUGUUUGGAAUGGUUGUGAUGAGUGUUUUUGUUGGUGUUUUGGGUACUUACAUUGCAAUUCGAGAAAUCAUUGUUAGUGUGUAAAAAAUGUAAGUUAUGUGAAAUAUUGGGAGUUGUUGUAGUUGUCUCAACAAUUGUAUUGUUGUCUUAUUAACAGUUCUUCUUCUAGGUAAUUUAAACUUACUCUA